UACCCAUGCGACUUGGAGGCGCACCGGCUCCACAAACGAGAAACACCGCACCAUGGCCUCGCUCUGAGCCGCUACACACGACAGUGGUGUACGUAACGAACCGGCAAUCCGUCACCAUCGACGCCCUGAUCAUGGACCCACGGUCCAGAGGCUUUUUUCGGGGCCAUCGGAGUUGUCAGUAGUACUCCCAAAGUACUAUAUUGUUUGAUUUUGUGCACUGGCACUUUUGCACGCCCGGGGAUUUAAACCGAAGUGACAGCAGCAGCAGCGCUCACCCCGGCUGCCGGUUAGCUAACUAGCACGCUAAGUCAGUAGCCAAGAAAAGGGCACCACUUUGCUGUUGGAGUAAAGGACACGGAAACUACAACACAACUACUUUCAGUAACAGAAGGCUGAGCAGAGGCAGAUCCCCCGACUUCAAAUCGUACACCACAUUCACUACUGAUUCCCGAAAGGCUGGCAACACAACGCCACCCUAAUGCAGAACCAUAAAAGAGCGUGAAAUGAACAAACCACCACAGCCUAUAACGGGACCCACCUCUGUCCCAAACCCUUCCCCUUCCCCUGGAUUGACACAGGCUGCCUACGGUCCAGGACAGCCCCCUUCUCUUGUUUUUGCCACCCCUCCACCUCCACAAAUGAACUCUGCACCCCAGACAAGACAGUUUGCUGCAGGGCCCCGUACUUUACACCAACAGGGUGGAUACAGAGCAUUACAGACAUACUAUCCAAACCGGCCAGCCAUGGCCACCAGUGCUCCAAGAGUACAGACAAGUAGUGGCCCCAGACCUGUUGGACCUACCCAUGUCUACCCGCCCAGCUCCCAGAUGAUGAUGAUUUCCCAGCAGCAGCUGUCUUUCGCUGGAUCCCCUCAGGGCUACUUCAUCCCCCCUCCUGGACAGUACCGGGCCCCAUACAUGCCUCCAACUCAGCAGUAUCCUGUGACCAGCGGUACAGCUGGCUUCUAUCCGGGAACCAGCCCGGCUGAAUACACCACUUAUGCAGGAGCAUAUUAUCCGGCUCAGCCACAGUACUCUCCAUCUGUCCAGCCCACACCGGUCAUGAUCAACCCCACCCAGCAACAGCAACAAGCCCCGCCUCCUCAGCAACCACCGGCACAGGCACAAGGCCCACUAAAGAGGGAACGCAAACCGGUAAUAAGAAUACGAGACCCCAACCAGGGCGGGCGUGAUAUCACAGAGGAGAUAAUGUCAGGUGGAAGGUCCACCACCACACCGACUCCCCCACAGGCCUCCAUAGCAGAUUUAAGUCCUCCACAGACCAAUGGUGAAGUUGUACAGCCUGUCGCUACAGUGACGAGACAAGAUGAUAACAUGGAGCCUGCUGUUAGCGCUGAAACCCCUCCACCUCCUGCCACAGCAGAUACAGAGCCUGUGCUGGAGGCCAAACAGGAAAUGGACAGCCAGAUGUCGGUGUGUGCUGAACCAGAUGCACAAUCUGUAGCCCCCACAGCUGCUACUGAGGAUCCAUCCCCAUUGAUAAAGGACGAGCAGUCUCCCUCUUCCCUCCCUCCUGUAGUAGCAUCUACUACAACUACUACUCCUGCUGAGGCAGUAAAUAAAGACGUUACUAAAGUCAGUGACACAGUAGAUGCUCCUGUCAGCCCUUCGGCAUCAAUAGCAGCACAAGAGGCACCUGUCAAACUAGAGGAACCACAGGCUGCCCCAGCUCCACCUGAGAAGGCACCAGAAAAGGAAGAAAAGAUAACAACAGAGGAAGUGAAGAAAGUUGAAAAAGAGGAGCAGGUGGCUAGUUCCAAGUUGGAGCCUGUAGUUGAAGAUGCAGCGAUAGUUACCCCUGUUAAAGUGGCAAAAGAAGAAGCCGUGACAAAAGCGUCAACUGAAAUGUCUCAGCCUCCACCCUCUGUACAGGAACAUGCUGCUCCACAGACCCAGAGCGCUGCCCUCAUCUCUGCACCUGAAUCUGAACCCAAACCUGAACCCACACCUGAACCCAAACCUGAACCUGAACCUACUCCGGCUGAAACAGCAGAGCCUCUCCUCUCCAACGGUCUUCCUCAGAACGUUGAGGAACUGUCUGAGGAUGUUGCGCUUUCAGACACUACAUCCCUUGACAAGCCCGAUGCCUCUCAAUCUCAGGAAUCCACACCUGUAGCUAAAAUGGCAGCACCAACCCAGGAGGAGGAGGAGGAGGAGAAGAAGGUGGAAGAGAAGAAGGUGGAAGAGGAGGAGAAGGUGGAAGAGGAGGAGAAGGUGGAGGAGAAGGUGGAAGAGGAGAAGGAGAAAAUUGAGGAUGUCCCUCCUGCCCCUAUCAGCUGCCCUACAGAGGAAUCUACUAUGCAAGCUGCUACGUCUCUGCCAAAGAAGAGGAGGAACAUGAAGGAGCUCAACAAAAAGCCCAUGGGAGACCUCCUGGAUGCAUUCACAGAUGAGCAGGAGCCCAAGCCUGUUUCUGAACCUUUGCCCACUCCGGCCGACCCUGUCCCUGUUGCUCCAGCUGAACCUCCUGCUGAACCUCCUGCUGAGGUCGUAGAUGAGACUUGGGAAGAGAAAGAGGACAAACAGAAUGCAGUACCUGACAGGCCCAAAGCCACGCCGGAGACAACUGAGCAGAAAUACCAGUACAAAGAAGAACAAUGGAAGCCGAUAAACCCAGAAGAGAAGAAGCAGUAUGACAGGGAUUUCCUCCUGGGAUUCCAGUUCAGCAGCGCCAGUAUGAACAAACCUGAGGGUCUGCCCACCAUCAGUGAUGUGGUCCUGGACAAGGUGAACAAGACUCCUCUGCGACCUGCUGACCCAGCUCGACUAAUUAACGUUGGUCCUGAUUUUACUCCCUCAUAUUUGGGGAAUCUUGGGAGCAGAUCAGUGGGAGGACCACGAGGCCCACCUCCUGGGCCACGUCGCUCCCAGCAGGGUCAGCGUAAAGAACCUAGGAAAAUCAACAUCAGCAGCAUGUCCUUCAAUGAUGACGUGCAACUCAACAAGGCUGAGAAGGCCUGGAAGCCAUCAGUGAAGAAGUCCACUCGAAGCCGCUGUGCCGAGGAAACCGAAGAAGAUGACACUGAACAGGGCAAGACUCGGGAGCUGUUCAAGCGUCUGCGCAGUAUCCUCAACAAGUUGACUCCUCAGAAGUUUCAGGAGCUGAUGAAGCAGGUGACGGAUCUGGCGAUAGACACGGAGGAGAGGCUGAAGGGAGCCAUUGACCUCAUCUUUGAGAAGGCCAUCUCAGAGCCCAACUUCUCUGUGGCCUACGCCAAUAUGUGCCGCUGCCUUAUGGGAUUGAAAGUCCCCACUUCGGACAAGCCAGGAGUUUUUGCCAACUUCCGUAAACUGCUGCUUAACCGCUGUCAGAAAGAGUUUGAGAAGGACCAGGAUGAUGAUGAGAUCUUUGAGAAGAAGCAGAAAGAGUUGGAAGCUUCCAAAGAUGAUGAAGAGCGUGAGCGCUUGAGAGUGGCGCUGAAUGAUGCCAGAGACCAGGCCCGCCGGCGCUCACUGGGAAACAUUAAGUUCAUAGGCGAGCUCUUCAAGCUGAAGAUGCUGACUGAGGCCAUCAUGCACGACUGUGUAGUGAAACUACUAAAGAAUCACGACCAAGAGUCUCUGGAGUGUCUCUGCAGGCUGUUCUCCACUAUUGGAAAAGAUCUGGACUUUGAAAAGGCCAAGCCUCGUAUGGAUCAGUAUUUUACCCAGAUGGACAAGAUCAUCAAAGAGAAAAAGACUUCAUCCAGAAUCCGCUUCAUGCUGCAAGAUGUCGUGGACCUCAGAAAGUGCAACUGGGUGCCUCGCAGAGGAGAACAGGGUCCUAAAACAAUUGACCAAAUUCACAAGGAGGCAGAGAUGGAGGAGCACAGGGAGCACAUCAAAGUGCAGCAGCUCAUAUCCAAGGGAGGUGGCGGUGGAGGUGGUGGAGGAGGAGGUGGAGGAGGUGGAGGUGGUGGAGGCAGGAUGGGAGGGGGCAUGGGGGGCCGAGGGUCUCACACACCAGGAGGUGGCCGGAAUAACCAGCCUCAGGAUGAGGGAUGGAACACGGUGCCCAUCUCCAAGAACAGACCUAUCGACACCACCCGCCUUAGCAAGAUCACCAAGCCCGGUUCUCUGGACUUCAACAAUCAACUGUUGGCUCCAGGAGGCAAAAGCAUUGCAGGCAGCUGGGGCAAAGGCAGCAGUGGAGGAACUGGAGCUAAACCAGCCAGUGGAGAGCAAGAUUCUGGUCGUCCAGCUACCAGCACCAACCGAUUUUCUGCCCUGCAGUCUGGUUCUUCGUUGUCUACAUCCGACUCCGAUCGCAGAGUUCCUCAGAGGUCAAGCUCCAGUCGUGAGCGCGGUGGAGACAGGGGCGACCAGAAGGAUCGCUUUGACCGAUUUGAUCGCAAUGAGGGACGGGAAGGUCGUGACGACAGGAGCAGCAGUAACCAAAUCACAAAGAGAAGCUUCAGCAGAGAGUCGCAGGACCGCGGAGGGAGGGCUGGAGACAGCCGGACCCCGACUGAUCCCGUGCGUCGCGUCGCCAGCAUGACUGAUGACAGGGACAGAGGAAGUCGGGACAGGGGAAGCAGAGACCAAGGAAGCAGAGACCGAGGAAGUGGGGACAGGGGAAGCAGAGACCAAGGAAGCAGAGACCGAGGAAGUCGGGACAGGGGAAGCGGAGACCAAGGAAGCAGAGACCGAGGAAGUCGGGACAGGGUUCCAAGCAAAGAUCUCACAGCUAAGCGUGAGAGCGCCCCCACUCCUCCUCCUUCUCUCCCUAAACCUACUUUGACUGAGGAGGAGCUGGAGAAGAAGGCCAAUGCCAUCGUUGAAGAAUACCUCCACAUUAAUGACUUGAAGGAGGCGCUGCAGUGUGUGGCAGAGCUCAACAGUGCCUCGCUGCUGUACGUGUUUGUGCGGAACGGCGUGGAGUCAACGCUGGAGCGCAGCACAAUCGCUAGAGAGCGCAUGGGCCACUUGCUGCACCAACUUAUAAAGGCAGGGACAUUGCCCACACCGCAGUGCUACAAAGGGCUAGAAGAGAUCCUGGAGGCAGCCGAAGACAUGGCCAUAGAUAUACCUCACAUAUGGCUCUACCUGGCUGAACUCAUUACCCCCCUGCUCCAUGAGGGAGGCAUCCCUAUGGGACAGCUCUUCAGGGAGAUCUCAAAGCCUCUCCUCCCUCUGGGGAAGGCCGCUGUGCUGCUGGUUCAGAUCCUUAAGCUGCUCUGCGACGGAAUGACCCCUAAGAAGGUCGGGGCCAUGUGGACAGAGGACGGGCUGAGCUGGAGUGACUUCUUGCCCAAGGACGAGGACGUCAACAAGUUUGUCACUGAACAGAAGGUGGAUUUCACCACAGGAGAAAUGACGGAGUCAGUGGAAGAGGAUGAAAAGAAAACCCUGAGUGGAGAAGAGCUCAGUAAACAGCUGGACAGACUCCUCGAGGAAAAGGCCGACGACCAGCGCGUCGGAGACUGGGUAGAGGCCAACUUGGACGAGGCGCAGGCGACUUCCAACCAGUUCGUACGAGCAUUGAUGACCGCAGUGUGCCAGUCCGCCAUCAUAUGUGACAACCCGUACAGGGUGGAUCCAAGUCAGAUCAAGCUGAGAGCCAGUCUUCUGCAGAAAUACCUGUGUGACGAGCAGAAAGAGCUGCAGGCCCUUUGCGCCCUCCAGGCUCUGAUGGUGCACAUGGAGCAGCCUGCGAACCUGCUGCGGAUGUUCUUCGACGCCUUGUACGAUGAGGACGUCAUUAAAGAAGAGGCCUUCUAUAAGUGGGAAUCGAGCAAAGACCCUGCGGAGCAGACAGGCAAAGGUGUGGCCUUGAAAUCUGUCACCGCCUUCUUCACCUGGCUCCGCGAGGCAGAGGAGGAGGAGUCUGACAAGGAAUAAAAGAGUGAACUGAAUGCUGCCACGCCCCCCUUUGGCUAGGUGGUGGCUCUGCAGGCGGCUCUGAAGAGUUGUGGACAAUAUUGCCAGAGAGGCAGACUCAAAUCAAUCCUCAGUGAGGAUAAAUCUUUAUUAUUAUUUUUUUCCUUUCAUGGAGGGUGGACUUGGAAAACAAUCAUUUCUCUCUACCCUCCCCCUCUUGCUUCCUCAUUAUGUCCUCACCUGCUUGUCACAGCAAGUGUCCUAAUCAAAUAAACUUGAAAACUGAUUCAUCAGGAUUGGUUGUUAACAAGGUGUGAACUAUCCCACAUCACUACGAACCUCUUUAGGCACAAUAAUACAAACAGACAGGCUGCUUUUCUAUGGUUCUAGAUAAUACUGACGCCUAACAUCCUAUCUGAUCUGCGAGAGUAAACAGCAGGGCAUGUGUAGUGGGUUUCCCUGAUACAUGGGUAUCAUCUUGCCAUAAUGUGUGUUCAAUCCAAACACAGCUCUUCUAUCUCUUUGUCCCUUACUGGAGUGUGCAGCAUGACUGAAGUGUGUUUCUAUUAAUUAUACAGAAGACGAAAUGUACAUUGAACUAAUCUUGAUUUGAUGGAUGGAGUUUUUAAAGCGAAGGUUGUCUAUUUUCUCUUCCUGCUUCCUAGAACUUAUAAGAGGACAGAAUGAUGGAGGACUGAUGUUGACCUUUGACCUUUGACUACUAGGGGGUGGUCUUAAUGCUUCCUCUAAGCCAUCCUCACCCAUCCCCAGUAGUGAACCACACUGACUGACUCCUCAUCUUUACCUCUUCUGUACUUAAACCUGAGCUGUCGUAAAGGACCCUUAAUGACCCCAAUCACCGUUAAAACUUGAACUCGACAGAAAAUUGACUUGAUGAAAUAUAAAGUUAAAAGAAAAAAAAAAAAAAAUACCCACAGAAACGAUCCGAAAGCCUUUUCUACUCUAAGUGGAAAUACAUUUCAGGAGCGUUCUGUAAAUAUAUAAUAAUACAACUUUUUUUUUUUCCCAGUUUUAUUUUUCAGAAACAAUAAAUUGCUGAUAUAAUUGCAGUGUAUCUCUUUUCCAACAGCAGUUGUCCAGAUGCAGAGGUGCUUUAGAUAAUCCAUUGAUUAUUAGUUUUAUUGGAAUUUUGUAAAUAUUUUUUUGCUUUCUUUAUUUAAGAAAUUAUGCUUCUUUUGCAUCUGAAACUGGAAAGAUGAGGUAACGGAACAUUGCAAAUAAAGGACUUAUUAAGUUGCA